AUGGCGUCUCUUCGCCACCUUCUCGCCGCGUCGCUGCUGGCUCUCCUCGUCGUCGCCUGCGCCGCUCACGGCGGCGGCGGCGGCGGGCGCGGGGGUGGCGGAGGACGCGGCUUCGAAGGCGGACGCGGUGGUGGAGGCGGCGGAUUUGGCGGCGGGUUUGGCGGCGGGUUUGGCGGCGGACGGCGCAAUGGCACGGGACGUCUGGGCACCCGCGUGGGAGCGGUGGUGGCGAGGCUGAACGGCACGGAGAUCGCCAGCGCUGCUGGGGAUGUCAAUGCCACGGGCGUCAUCUCCCUCGCCGUCUUCCAGAGUGGCAGCGACUACAACAUUCGCUACGGUGCCAGCAUCCGCCUGACCGCCCCCGGGGCGCCCCUCUCCAUCGCCAUCAGCACCGGCGCUGCCGGCUCGGCUGACAGCGGCGCUGCCCUUCUCGAGUUCUCCGCCACCGAAGCAGCGUGGGCCAACAUGACUUGGAACGGCACCCGCAGGGACUCCCGCGGCCGCAAGCACGCCGCCCCUGUUCCGAAAUACUUUGGAUUUUUCCGCCCAGCCCUUCGCACCGGUUAUGUUUAUGGGUUCUCUGGCGUGUGGUAUAAUGCGACUCAGUACAGUAACGCGGACGGGCAAAGCUAUUUCGAGGUGGCGAAUCUGCUCUUGGCGAAUCCGAGUGGGUACUUUGGGAUUGUGAAGACUGAAGCGUUUGCCGAUGGAGCUGCCCGCGGUCAGUUUGCAAAUUUCACCCGCCCGACCCCCGACACGUUCUGGCAGCGCAGCUAG